AUCCUUGCGCACGUUACCUACCCACGAUGCAGCGCGGUUGCAUACAACAUAGCCAUCUUGUCAAGAGACUGACUGAGGGAAGUAACUGUUGGCGCUGUUGGGAGACAAAUUUAUCGAAAAGCUGUGAAAUUCAAGAGGCUGUCCAUCCCUCGAGUGAAAAGCGAGGCUCGCUACCGAAUGACUGUGAGCUGGUGGAGUGAGCCGCUUCAAAGGACUGCUUUCGAGAAGAUGUCUCACAUACUUGUUCCGACGUAGGGGGAGUGUGCAGCAGCCAGUUGGCUUGUCUUGCUAGCUAGCUCGGUGAGUGGAGGGCUGUGGGCCCUCCUCAGCCUGAAGUAGCUCCCAUAGCUGGACGACACGCUCUGCGACAGCGACCAUUUGACAACCGGGACACAAGCUGGUAGGUCUGCUGUGACCAAGGGCUGAAAAGAGUGGGCUGCUGGUGUUGGUGUCAAAAGCCGCAUUGCUGGACGAGACGAAGUGUGGCGUUGCGUUAUGAGCCCAUGAAACGCAACAGGAGACCGAGGGAGGAAGAGGGAUGGCGUAGAUUCAUCCUGACCACAGUUAGCAAGUCAAAGUGUUUCUUUUAAUACAAUAUGAGUUGUUAAAAGCUGCGUCUCUUUCUGACGGAGGAUACACAGAGCCAUACGGGACUUAGAAACAGGCUGUCAAUAUGUCGAAAAUGCCGGCCAAGAAAAAGAGCUGUUUCCAGAUCACCAGUGUGACUCAGGCCCAGGUGGCGGCUAUAGGUGCCACGGACGACACGGAGAGUCUGGAGGACCCGGACGAGUCCCGGACUGAAGAUGUGUCGUCGGAAAUUUACGACAUGUCUCGUGCUGAGUACGAGCCUGCGUGCGAUAGGAGUUCAUCCGAAGAAGCCCUGAAUAAUGUCGGAGACCCAGAGGCGACCGGUGUCAUGGCUCCUCCACACAUACCUCAACCCGGCCAGUUGCCCGCGCUGUCCAGUAAUCCCGUCGGGGAGUUUCGGAAAGUGGGAGUGUCGGCUCAAGCCGGUCAGCAGCCACAGGGGAUCGGCGUUACAAGUGGUUUACCCCUCUCCACUCAGCCUGGAGCAGUGCAGCAACACUCUGUAAACACAACCCAACCUGCUGCUGCAGUGACCAGUAACGCAGCCCCCCCUCCUGCCACCUCCACGGCGAGUUGUACUUCACGCUUCAGGGUCAUCAAACUCGAUCAUGGUACCGGAGAACCCUUCAGAAGAGGCAGGUGGACAUGCACGGAGUUUUAUGAGAAGGACUCUGAGAGCUCUGCUGUCAGCAAGAAUGUAGAUAAUAUCAGACAUGCCAAUGCUGCAGCAGUGGAUCCUGGUGCAGACAGAGACAGUGGGCUUGGGCUUACAGGAGGAUCUGUGGUUGCCCCGGCAACGUUCUCAGGUCAGGGCAUGGGUUCAUUGGCUGAUGCUUCUGCCACAUCAUCCCGCAUGCAAUCAGUGGAUACACUAUCACAGCAGCUCCACCAACAGAACUUCAGUACCAGGCAGCAGGGUGUGAGCGGGUCGACCACACAAAGUGCUUUCUCCAGCAGCAAGCCCACAGCGCUCCUCUCUCAGCCAACAGUGGGAGGUCUCCAGCCUCCUGCCCCCCAGACUGUGCUGCCCGGUGGACAAAACGGCCUGCUUCAAUCUGGUGUCACUAUACAGAAGUCCCCCAUCAUGCCCCCCUCAGCCCAACCCAUCUCUUACCCUCCUCAGCAGCAGCUUCCUCUGGGUCAUCACCUACAGAACCAGACAGAGUACUAUCAGCAGCAGCAGCCAGUUCUUGGUGCUGGCCAGGGCCUCCCGGUGUCCAGCCUGCCUGCAGGGCCCUCUUCAGUGUUGCCUCGAGCCUCUGGGGGUACGCCUGUACCUGGUCAGGCUGGAGAUGCUGUAGGAGUAGCAGGUGGAUCCCUACCUUCGGGACAGCCAGCCCAAGGCCUGUUGCAGCAGCAGCAGACCGGAGGAAUGGGAGGUGUGGGGGGCUCCAUAGUGGUCGGUGGACCCACGUAUGCAGCCGCUGGACAGCCUCAACCCCUCGGCCUCCACCCUACAUCCUCCGGCUUACAAAAUGUGCCUGCCAUCGCAGCGAGCUCGAGUGUGCCCACCACUGUGCCUGCUGCUGUGUCCAGUGCCUCCAGUGCAGCCAUGCCAAAUGUGACAGCCUCCACUUUGCCUCCUGGUCAGUUUGCCCUCAGCAAGGCUUCAGUGGGUGUCGGGAUGCAGGGCCUCCCAGGAGCUGGAUUCGGACUCGCAGAGGGUGGAGGAGGGAAAUCAGAGGGUCUCGUCAACGCACAAUCUCCUGUUGUCUCUGGGAAGGAAGUAGCAAAGCCCCUCAUGCCUGAGGGCCUGCAGCUCGCCACACCGACAGUCAACAGCCUGUUUGGUAUCCACAUACCUGUCGACGGGGAGGUGGACAGGUAACAGCCAAUAGGGAUUAAUGUUACGUGUUUAACUAUUGUCACCAUGCCUCAGUGACAGAGUUCAUGACACAAACACACAUACAGGCAGUCCCUUAUUGUGUCUAUUUCAGGGAACAGCUGAUUACAUCUGGUGUUUUUAGUUUCCAGUUUCUCUGACCACAACAGUGUUGGAAGCUGCAGCAGAGGCUGUGAGUGUUUAUGCGCCGGUCAUUUGGUUUUGUCAGAUGAACAAACAGGCUUUAUUUUCUGCAGAGGUACGGCAGGGAGGGGGCUGUGGAGAAGGAAGAGCUUUGUGGCACACAGGAAGGAAAUUUAAUGUUUGUUGUUUCUCAUUAGGGCCCAAAGAAGUAAGCCGAGUGUAGCACAGCUCAGUGGAGAACUCCUAUUGCUUCCACUGUAUAGGCACACAACACUUGUUAAACACACACAUGAUGCCUGUAAUGCUGUCAGCUUGUGUGUGUAAAGGUGUGUAUUUGAAUUGUGUGCUUGGAGGCUUUUUGUAAGCUCUCGCCCCCUCAGGAUAGUGUCAGAGGUAAAGACACUGGCUGCAAACAUCAAAAAUGUGUUGCUCCUGUGCACAGAGCAAGCUGCUGUGUUCAUGUCAAGCUCGUCCAGACUCAUGUGCUGCGAGUCUGACACUUUAGUAAGUCGGUUCCUGCUCCAGAAAAAACUUUCUAAUACAAACAAAGUUCAGACUGUUGCUGAAUUUAUGAUUUGAUCAUUUCAACUGUGAGCACCAGAAGGUUUUCCUCUGGAGUGUGUCUGCAGAGGAAUGAAUUGAUAGAAAUGUGAUUAGUUUUCAUCAUGGCUGCUGUUCUUCUGAAUGAACCUUUCAGCCGCUCAGAAAACCUCCUUACAAAUGAAUAGAGCCCCUAACAGAUGUCAUGGUUGAGUUUCAACACCUUCAGCAACAGUUAGUAUAACACAUGGUUGUGACUGUUUUCUUGUACAUGUAGCUCGUGAAGAAAAAUAUUAUUCUUUUUAUGAGUUAUAUCAUCGCAUAUGUUUCCCUCCAAAUGUAAUCUUUACUCUCGCUGCCUGAGCAAAGCGAUUUGUUUCACCUUUAGUAGAUGGCACGCAUGAGCGGAAAUGAUGCAGUGCCUUAUGUCUCUGUGGUUUCCACUUACAGUCUCACAGAGAGAUCAGACAGGGUCUGCACCCUGCACUGCACUGCCUCUAUAGCUUUGAAAAUUUGUGAACUACUCUGUCUUUUUUUUCAUGUCAGGGAAGCUGCUCAGUUUCUCAUCACAUCUUUAAUCCUUUCUCUCUGUGUCAUUCAACAGCCGAACUGCCUGGUAGUAGCUUUACACACACCUCGUGUGAUAUCUUGCUGGUUAUAAAGACUGAGGGUUGAGGCCUUUAUACUAUGCCUAGCUAGUGUCUGAAUCCACUUUAUAUUGUCAAAGUCCAUCCUGUAGUCAAAAAUAAGAGUCUCACCUCAAUCAUAUUAAUAAUUCAACAGAAAAGAGUUGAUAUUCCUGGAUUUUGUGUACUAUUUCUGUGGUUGUACUUGUGUUUUGGAGGUAAUCAUGCUCCAAGGUUUAGAGCUGCUGUUUGCACGAGGCUGUGGAGGUUGUAAACUAUAUGUUUGUGUGUGUGUAUGGUUUUUAGAAAGUUUUGCUGCAGGCUCUGUUCGACAACCUGGAUUUAAGAUGAAUUAGGGGUGAAAUGACACCCUUCAAAAAGUCGAGCAGAAAAGGUCAAGUCCAGCUGGUACUGUUUGCAAUAAAGCCGUGGAUGUACUCGAUGUUUAUGGAUGCAAUGUUACAGAGUUUUUGAAAUUCCUAACCGUGUCAAAUGAGAUUGGGGGAUCGAGCGCUGUAAUAGCCUGCUUGAGUUGUGUCACAGCUUCCACUGUCGAUCAUGUUGAUAAGCAAGUCAAAUCAAUAGGUCAAAUACAUAUGAAGAAUCCUGUCAUCUUUACAACACAGGCAAACAUCUGCCCUCUCACCUUUCGCAUUAGUUUUUUGCUGUUUCUCUCUCUCUCUCUCCCUCCCUCCCUUUCUCCCUCUUUGUCUCUCUCUCUCUGCCCCCCUCCCCUAACUCCCCCACACCUUCCUCACAUGGGAGAGAUUAUGGAGGAGUUAUUUCAUUCCUUUAAAAGGUGCCAAAAUUGUUAGGCAGGCAGUCUAAAAAAAAAAAAGAAAGAAAGAAACCACCCAAGCACCUGGUUGAGAUGAUUUAAACUUCUUUCAGGUUCACAUGUUCCUGACAUGAUCUUAGUUUGUUUGUAAAAGAAAAAAAACUUGACUGAAGAUUGGACUUAUUUAGAUCAUUAUUCAUGUUGAUGACAAUGACACAGACUUGAAGCUGUGUGUGUUUGGUUUACCCAUGUAGAGAGGGCCCGGCUCACAGGCAGAUAAGGCCUGGGGUCUCUUACGACAGCCGAGCCCAUAUCAGACAUUGAGCAGUAGUCUUUCCACUGUGCCCCCUUUCUGCCGAUAAGAGGCCUGACAGUGGGGUGUGUCGAACAACUGUGCUAUGUGUCACGUAGUAGUCUUUUUUCUUUUGCAACACAGCAAGGUACUCUAUGAAGCCCUGGUACCUUUGGAUGUGAUCAAACACUUGACCAGUGUGUCGUUCCGUUGCACACCACUCCUGGAUGAGCUUUGGGCGCGCUGAACCAGCAGCGCAGGGCUGUGGUUGACUUUGCAGCUCAGUUUUUAUUACUAGUGCAGCAUCAGCGCGGUUGCUCCUUUUGUACCUGCUGCUGCCCCACAGACUGAGUGACAGAUGAGGCACAGCAGUUGUUCAUAUACAGAUGAAGUGUUGAAUGACAUUCCUGUGCAGCAGCAACUGUGGUAUGCUCAGAAGACGUAGCAGAAGACGCAGCAGCGGAGGGGAAACUUGUUAUGCCUCACUUCAGCAGGCAUUUUAGCUAUGCUUAUGUCGAUACAUCCCCCAAAGCCCCCUUCCUCCCUCCCCGGCUCUAUUUUGACUCUUGCCUAAUUUCUGCAUUUCUACUAUGCUUAUUUAUCUUGCUUGUUAUUACUCCACACACCAUAGAACAAAAACACUUAGAUUUUCUCCUCAAACAGACUUUUUCAGUAGCUACUAUCUAUAAUCUGUGUUACACAGAAAGAUAUUAUACGUGCAAACACCCACUCAAUGUUUUGACACUGCUUGCACAACCUGAAAAGCUCUCUUGGCCAUUUGGAAGGCUCUAAUGUUUGUCCCUGUCCUCCUCCACCCUGUAGUUUUCCCUGCAAGUAAUUAAAGCACAACACUGGAGAUAUAGACUGUGAGGUUGAAGAUGUUGUUCUCAUACUCCGAAUAUGAUUCGUUCAGCCUAAUGUUUCCCAGAUGGCUUCAACGACUGAAGGCGUAAAACAACAUUUGCUUGAUUGUAGUCAUGUCUUGGUUGCAUUCACAGAGUGGACGUUUGUGUUUUUAAAGAAUCAUUUGCAUAAAUGAAUGGAAUCUGCAGUGUGUGUGUGUGUGUGUGUGUGUGUGUGUGUGUGUGUGUGUGUGUGUGUGUGUGUGUGUGUGUGUGUGUGUGUGUGUGUGUGUAACUGAACUCCUGCUGAGGACGUAUGGUUUAUUGUCCUCAUAGAGGGAGCUUAUGUAAAAUCAGACUCCUCAGGAGGUAAGAGAGGGGAGGGGAGUCCUGGCCAGCGUUACUGCCACUGUGAAUCGAGCGCCUGUGUCUGUGUGGGUGGAUGAGGGGUGUGUCUUUAAAAGGGGAUGGGUUGCACAAGUAUCCAUGUUGGGGGUGGGGGCCGUUCACUGAGGAACUGAGCCAUUACUUUAGGACUAAUUCGCCAUACACACUCACAGCGUAUUCAUUACUAGUAGUCACUGUGGAAGUGGUGGGUGCACAUGUGAGAUAGAGACACAGAGACGACAUGUUCCACAGGGUUUUUCCCUCCCCUCUGUGACCUCUGCUUUACUGCUGUAUCCUGUUUUCAGCCAGAGUCCCUAACACCGCUCUCCACCUUCUAUUCAUCUAAUAUUCCUCAGCUCUCUACCAGCUUCCGCACUGGGGCUCUCUGCUCAUAUCAUAUGACAUUUGGUGGGCACAUUUUUAUCCAGCUGCAAAGAGCUGAGCGGCAGCACCUCCAGUAUUUGUGAAGAAGCACUUCUAUCACUCAGACCUGCACACUCUUUGUUCAAAUACUAUUUCUUCUGCGGCGCUGCUUGAAAUUCUGUCAGUAUGAAGCAUGUGACCAUGAGUUUGACCAAUAUGCGUUUUUAUUGACCAAAACAAACAAACAAACCAUCCUGUUAGUGUCACUUUGUUAUAAAAAAAAGUUAUUUAAAAAAAAAAAAAAAAUAUAUAUAUAUAUAUAUAUAUAUAUAUAUAUAUAUAUAUAUAUAUACUGUAGGCUACUGCUCUUCACGCCGACAGGAAGAUCGACCGAUCAAACUUGGACCAGAAAAGCGUUUUCAACUACCCGCCGCCGAUCGGUGCCUCCACGUCAUAACUCAAGUUACACAUUUCCAGUCCGGUCUCAUCUGGAGACAUGCAGCUGCCUCACUAAGAGAAGUAGCUCGAUCAUGUAAUGUGUACUGUUUUUUAUUCUACCGUUACUGGCACGGCUAACAGUGUAGCAAGGCUAAAAGCAGGUGGCUAACUCUAACUUUAACUUGCAUAUUACAUGGUGCUUCACCGUUAACUCGGCGUGACCAAGACCAGCACAGCGGGGACCACUCUCCUCCGCGCGUCCCUGAGCUGCCUGCUUCAGAUCCAUCACUCUGCUGUUCUGUGAGGUAGUUAGUGGAUGAAGAUUGUCAUGAGGUCGCUGCGCCAUCUACUGGAUAAGUCGGAGGAUCUUUUCAAAUGGCGGAACAUUUUCGAAGUGAAACCGAAUCUUAUUCUCCGCAUUUUAUUUCUGAAAAUAUCGUUGAAAAUCGGCAAGUUUUAGCCGAUUACCGAUUAGUCUCAAACAGGCUAAAAUUGUCCGAUUUAAUCGGCUCUGCCCUACUUAUGAUGCAGAUGAACUCACAAUGUGAAUCAAGCUACUUCACAGAAAAUGUAGAACGUAAAAUGCCGAAUCUGGAUUUAUCAAACUUCAUAAAAGGCUGCUCAUCUUUAGAUAUGUGUAACAUCUUUAUAUAUAGUCCGCCAGUGCUAGUAACGACCACUCAUACAGAUCUACAGACAGCCUUAAGAGCACAGUGACACAAAAAAAAAUGAUAAUGUAAAUUAUAAACCUAAAAUUCAGCACAUAUCUGAAAACAUUUAGCUGCCUACUGCUUAUGUAUGUAUAAGGACAAAUUCAUGUUGGUCGAAAAUAUUAGCAAAGAGAUAAAUCAGUGAGGCUUCAUUUCAGAGUUUGAUCCGUGUUUCGGUCAAAGGUGUUAGGACUGCAUUGUAGGGAAAUUAGCCAGUAAAGUAAAAUAAAAUGAUGUUGUGCCUGUUUUAGAUGAAUACCAUAAAUUCUUUGUAACUACCCUUUAAAGUUGCAGCGUAAUCCCUUUGACUUUAACUUGCCUGUUGAUCUUUUCAGCUGUUGUGAAUUCUUGAACCUCUGACUGUGUACUUUUUCGUGUUUCUGUGUACACAUGUGUACUUGUUCAUCCUGCAUGACCCCGGCCUCCUUUCAGCCUCUGAGCUGUUUUCAAAAAGACAGAUGGAUUGUUCAGGUUGGACUCACUGUACUAGUCAGUAUAUCUGUAGGCUUUACGUCAGUCAUCACCUCCACCUCAGGUAUGGAGGUUCUCCAUUGUUCCAACUUGCAGAAAAAUGUCACCAGUUAAGCACAGAGUUGAUGAUAGUUGUUUAACUGGAGAUGUGCUUCAAAGCCAAGCUGAGAACAUGCUGAUCACCUUGUGUUUUGGAAAUAGUUCUCAUGUGACAAAGACUCAAUAUUUUACUCAAAUAUUACUCCAAAUGAUCCAUUCAUUAAUUUUUUAAAUCAAAAUGAAAAUUUCUACAAAUAAAUUCAGUUUACAAAUGUUUGUCGUCAUGACACAGCCAGUUAACUCUAACUAUAUUCUCAUGCAAACAAUUAAUAAUGCAUAAUGGAGGAAAAAUAAUAUUUUUGGCACAACGAACUUUAAACUCAGGAUCAUAAGUGUAUGGAAAGGAGUCAUAAAGUGCUCUCUAGCUCUCUGCUUAUAUCGCAUCAUGGAACUAUUAAAGGCCUGUCUGUAUAUUUUUUUUCUGUUUUGUAGUUUUUUAAUCCUCAACAUUCUCCUUUUUUUUCCAAAUCAUGGGGCCUACAUUACCCACAGUUCACAUUUUACUGUGGCCACCACGCUUCAUUUCCAGAAUGUAAAGUGUUAAGGCAGUAGGACCUUGUGUAUCUAGUAGCUGGUAGCCUCAGGCACUCAUGAGGGGCAGGCUGCAGAGGUCUGUUAACUAUGCUCUUUCAUAUGAAUACGUAUCUAUAAUUUAGCCGAAGUUCUUUAUUCAGGUUUGCUGCCUUAAGCCAAAUCUGACACUGACUUCAGUGACACUACUUCUGUCAAGUUUCUUUCAGUCGGCCUUGAAGCUUUAAAGUGGUUGAAUCAUCUUCAUUCACAUGUGCAGCAGCACUCUCAAGUACCUCAACACAACUUUUAUGCAUAACAGAAGUGGAGUUUUUCUUGAACCAACUUUGGCAUUGAACACAUGAUUUAAAUCAUUUAAAGCUCUGGUUUAUUUUCUCUCAGUGCUUGACCUGCUUCUGUCAUUAUCUCAUAUUUUUGUGGGUUUUUUUGAAGUUGGCAGCGUGACUAAUGCUGGUUUGUUGCUGGGCCUUCUUGUUAGUUUUGAUACCGUGAUUUUUGUUGAAAAAUAAAGCUGCUUCUGUUUCUGCUUUGAUAGCUCAUGGAAGCUCAUUGGAGAAGGAACCUUUCUGAAGGACUGUGACCUGGUAUCAAAAAGUUGAACUGCCUGUUGGUUCCUGCAGUGGUAGUCCUAAGUCUUCAGUGUCUUGUCACUAACCUAUGUGGGUUUGAUGUUAGCACCAAACUCACAAUCUCUUCAGUCGGCGUUUCUGUAAUCAUGGAGUGGCUCCUGCUCCUCUGUGCUUCAUCUCCCCACUGAAAGAAACUCCCAUAGGGCAGCAGAAAUCUAAAUAGUUCUGACCUACUUUUGCUCUGAGGCAGAUGAUGGAUGGUGCAGAGAACCUGAGGUCUUACGAGCACCAACACUGAGUGUUUUCAACACAUUCUUUCUGCCUUUCUUUGCCCCCCCAAGUCUCUCAAUUACCCCACAUGUCUAUCUACUGCUGCUUGCGUCUUGACUGGUUCCAGUUAAGUCCCUCUACUCCAAGUCAUACUGAAGCUUUGUUACAUGCUGUAGAAAAGCAUGGGAGGGUUUACACUGGAAAUGGCUUUUCACUGUCUUAUCACUAACUACUUCUUUAGCACUUGAAGCAGGGUUUCACUUGCCCAACCUGCAGGCAAGAUUAAAAGUAUCUGCCCUAAGGCCUCCAGAACACCUUCACAUACAAAGUGAAAUCCAUUCUAACACUUACACUCUUCUCUGUACUUUCCUUUUAUAUCUUUUCUUGCACUUUUACUCCCACUUCUUUCUGUCACAUAAGGUCACCGUGGUUUUUCUCGUGCUCAAUGAGUUAGCAGGGUUAUUAAGAGGUUCAGCACCAUGAAACUCAACCUUUGACGCGGCUUUUGGUUUGAUGUGCAGGCACGUUGCAGGAAAACCAUGUGUCAUGCUCCAGCUAGAUGUGUGACAUCAGCUAGCAAGAAUGCUCCGAAAGGUUAUUUCUGUCUGCUGCCAGGUCAGAUUUUUUGGUUUGGGGCAGUGUGGGACAAAGCAUGAGUGUGUUCAAGUGCUGUUUUUGUUUCAGGUUAGGUCAAGAGCUUUCAAAGAGAGGCGAAGAAAAAGAGAAGGAAAGUUAGUCUCUUUCUUCUUCCUCUUCUCUUGAUACUCUGUGUUUAUGGGGGAGACCACACUUUCACUGCCUCUGACUGAGCACAUCAACAAGCUGGUUCACAAAGACAGGCUUUCAAAGAUGGAUAUUAACGUGUUACAUAUUAGAGCUACAAAGAGAGCCUUUGAGAGCUGAGCGUGUGCUACUUGAAAACAGGGAAUGAUGACUCCUCCACUUCUUAACUCACUCAUGAAGGGGUCGCUGGACUGACUCCCAAGUCAUCUGACCCCCAUAAGCACCAACCAUAGCUGCAUGGUCACACUUUAAGCCGUGUUGAAAAACGGCAUUUUUCUGGAGAGGUGUGUGCUCCCCGCAUGUGUGCGCAUGUGUUGGUUUUCCCUGCACCAUGUCCCGCAAAAGUCAAAUGAAGCAGAGGCAUAGGGGGAGGUUUGUGAGAGUGUUUAGCUGUGAGGUAAUGUGACAAAGCGAGUUUGUGCCAGAGAUUUCUAGGAAAAGCGCUCUGGCUGCUAUGAUAUUCACACACAUGCUGCAAAUCAACUCGUCGUUCCCCUGUGUGGGGUGUGUGUACAUUCAUGUCAGUGUGCGUUUACAUUUGUGUGAAUGUGGGAGGGAAGCAGUUAGUUUUGAGAUGCACGCGCCUGGAGUAGAUUAAAUGAGUGUGUGUUUUUGUCUUUGUGUGUGUGUGUGUGUGAAGGGUCAGCAUGGGGAUUUCCUUUCCCCUUCCCCGAAUAUACAUCCCUUGGCAUGGAACAAAGUGUGCUUGUAGUAGAUUGCCAGUAACUUUGAAGGUGAUUUUGAAAGCUCAAUCCCAUAACACGACGAAGAUUGAACCACAGAAAUUCACUGAAUUUCCCCUGAAGCCUUUGAAAGAAGUAUUUCUACCUCCACAGCUGAUAAGGUGUUUACUUUCUCUGCCGAAACAAAGAGGUCAAGUCACCUCCUUUCGUCCUGUGUGUUUGGUAUCAAGGAAAACAAACCCAGCCCGAGUGGUGGCCGGCGUGCUGUAGGUGAAUGGCCUGAGGGAGGCCCUCACAGUUUACGAGGCUGUCCCCACCUUUGAACAUACAUUCCAGCAUUGAGGUCAAGACUCCCUUUCUCCUGCAGCCUUUUUUAGCUUUACUCUGCCUGUAUGUCCCAUGUGUUUCAAGGAAAGCUCAGUCCUCUGGACUGCCAAGUGAACAGCACGGUAUGAAGCACGGGGUUUUAUGAGGGCACAUCGAAUUGCGUAAGAAAACAUUUCUAGGAAGCAAACUUUGGUCUGCUUUAACUGUUUCAACUCCUCCAUCUUUCUGUCUUCUCUUUCCUUUUUUUCCCUCAUUGUGGUUACUGCAGGAAUCCCUCCAAGGCUUUCUACCAGGCCUUCCAGUCUGGCAGCAGAUUAAGGGACUCAAAGGCCCACAGUGAUAGGUACAGUACGUUACUGGCUUGGACUGGACAGGCUGCAGAGUGUAACAUGUGUGCAGUGUUGAGUAGCAGCAAGCUUUGCUUUCUUCACGUGCAUGGAUUAAGUUUGGAAACAAAGCUUAGCAGAAGCAAAUUCAGAAUUGGCUGAUUGAUUUGUCACCGAUAUAGACUGAUCUUGAAUUACUCGCAGCUUCUGCAUCUGGUGCUUUCUUUAACAAGCUCUUCUUACAAAGACUCUGGCUGGUUUGUUGUGUUACUUUUAUAACAUAGAACAAUAUCAUCUUACCUAACAGCUCAAUUGCUGCUGUUACAAACACAUUUACAGUGUUCAACAUGAUAAGCAACCGGGGCUGUUAGAUGUGUGUUUAGCUGUAUGUUGUUUUUUUUAUAUAUAUAUGGACAAAACUAUGUUGUCUUUAAAAAAACACAACUUAUGACGUAUAAGAAGAAUACAAAUGUCAUGAUGCAGCAUGAUGAAGAGUUGAAGGAUGGAUUAAGUGGAGAAAAAUCUGUUCAGAGCACCGUAUCAUUUUCAAAGUAAAUUAUUGGGGUUUUGCAGCAGCAACUUGAUUAUCACAUUGCACAACAAAGUUCAGAGUUCAGAUAUAUAUACAGUGAGAGGCGUCCAUUAAAGUACUUUGUUAGAGAAAUGAGGUUUACUUUUCUCAGUGAACAUGUGAAUAAAAAUGACUGUAUUUGAAGCAGCAGGAGGACUUCAACUUUAGAAAGUUAGAAAAGAUGGCCUCUGGAUGAAACUCGGUGUAACUAUGUGAAAUUGAAACUGUGAAGUGAAAGAAUUCUACAUAACAUUUCACCUCAAUGUUCUGCUGAAGCCUCUGUUUCACUAAAGUGGUGAAAAAUAUUGGUAAAUGAGAAACCGGUUCACAAAAAAUAUUUAAAACAAACAUCAAUGCCACAUUUCUGUCACAUCAUCUGAAAUGUUUGUCAGUGUUUUUAGUCUGCAACAGUACAGUGGCACACACAUGAAGAACGGAUGCUUCUUUCAUCUUUAUGCUCCAGCUACUCAAAGGUGUUGCUGGUGGUGAAAAAGGGCAUUUUGUUUUAUGAACUUAGCGGUCUUAGUUCAAAUUUACAGAACAUUUGGAUAAAAAAAAAACUACUUUUCUUUGUUUUGUUUGAAAAAAAGCGACGUCUUUAAAAACAAAGUUAUUUAAAAAUGAAAACCGAGAAUAUGAAGAACAUGACCCGAUGAAGCAGGAAGUGGCACAGAAGUCGAAAUUUUGCACAGGCACUUUUGGUAAUGAUUAUCCUUCCUGUGAAUUUUCACUUCCUAGUGAGUGAUCUGGCAGAAACAUUUGUUUACAGCCAGCCUGAUCAUCUGACUGCUGGUGUUGUCUGCAGAGUUACAGUCUAUGAAUUCAGUUGUGAUUCGUUUUGUAUAAUUAUGUUUCUAGAAACUGGUCAAAACUAUAAAAACAAUACCAAAGCUUUUGAACUUGCUUCACCUCUACCCCUAACUCUAGCUGCAGUGUGUGUGUGUGUGUGUGUGUGUGUGUACACUUUAUUCUUUAAAUGAAUCCCCAUGUAAUCAGGUGGAGAAAUGGUUGAAUGGUGAAUGUUGAGGAUGAAUCCAGAAGUCCGGUGACAUAAAUAACUCCCCUCACAAUGUGAAGUGACAAACUAAAGUGAGUCAAUAUUUUUAUGAUGCCUUUUACAAAAAUGAAAAAAAGGAAGCACACGAAACCAUAUCUUAGAGACAGGAAAUGAAACCGUAUUUUAGAGAAAUAUAGAGCUGACACACCAUCACUUGUCACCAAAGGACUAAAGAUACUCACACACACACACACACACACACACACACACACAAAAUCAUACACACGUCCUCAUUCAGCCUCUAGGUUUUGGUGUAUAUAAGCGAACAGCUAAGCUCUUACUCCCAGAUGAUAUGAUUUGAAGUUUUUUACUUUGAGCUUCAUCAGAAGAAAAAAACUUCAGCAUAGUAAAGUAGCACACAUACGAUCCCUGUAAAAAAAAGAAAAAAACCAUGGCCUCACGCCUUUUUUUUCUUCUAAUGCUGUUAUGGACACACUGUUCUGCCAAUGGCUGAUUUGUUUCCAUGAAAGCAAGGAAAACUACACCUGUGUUUGAGACUUGUUUGGUGGAUCUCGAGUCUUUCAUAAGGGUGUAACAGAUACAGAUUACAAAUCCCCAGUCAUAGUUCUUGUCAUCUCCUGUGUGUGUGUGUCAGUUAUCUUGCCGUGUGUGCUGGGGGUCAUAUGAGUUGCUCCUCUAACUCAGAUUACUGUGUCUCAGUAUAUUAAAUGCCCUUGUAUUGCUGCUCUGCUCGGGCUUUAGGGACCAACACAGUGAUAUGAGUGUGUGUGUGAGUAAAUAGUGAGUCUGCAUGGCAUAAUGGAAAAACUUUUUUAUCUGGACCGUAUAUGUGUCCCGUUACAGCGACUUGUAUUUUCUGGUUGGGCCCAAAUGACAAUCAACCCUCAUAAUGCAGGAAAAUGUAGUUAUUCCUCAUUUUUGAAGAUAGUUUGGUCAAUAAAAGACAGAAACCUGCGCUCUUGCCUCUCCUCUCACACUCCAUAUUCUGAAACUAACGGACCUCACUUAUUUGUUAUUAUACAUGUUGAAGAUUAUUUCUCCUUUCUCAGUGGAUCACAGUUCAAAUUAAAAAAUGAAAUUGGGUGUAGGUUGGUAUCAUGGAUCCUGAAGAAAGAGUCCUGUUGAUUUUAGUGACUCUUGUCUUUAGGUUAGAGUUUCAGCUACUACUUGCACAGUAAUAUUUAACAAUCAUUAGCAUGCUUACAUGCUUCACAAUCAUCGUACCUGCAAAAAUCCAAAUAUUAGUUUUGCAAUCAACAGUGUAUCAGCAUGAAGAUGUCAAGUUUAGAGGUGAACUGUGUCUAAUUACAACCUUAUAGAGCUGCUAGCAUGGCUUCAGACUCAGUGCUGCUUGAAAGCGUAGAUUCCAUCCAGUGUGUUUUGGUUAUAUUUGGUGAUCAACAGACUCUCAGUUUCAUCAAUUGAAAGAUUAUUUUUGGCCAGUAUGAUUUUGAGAACAUUUUUGGUACAAAAAGACACAUUAGCUCAGUCUUAGUUUUGAGGGUAUACCUGCUGAUAUUUUUCAUUGAGAUGGCACAGAUGUAUUUGAAGGUCUUUAAUCACUAGCUUGAGCAUCAAAAUGGUGUGGAGGCAUUAAUGUGCUACAACCACAGACUGUAAAACAUGGCCACUGUGAUGACAGCUAUUGGUUUCCGUUCUGAAGUUUUGAAGCUCAGUAAUUGCAGUGGCCCUAUUGGGACUUGAUAUAACUUUCAAUCGGCUGAAAUUCUGGCAGAAAGUUGAAUUGAAGAAAACUUAGAGUCCUCUAGCAAACGGCGCCAGUGCAGCUACUUGUCAGUCAUCUCGGCUGUUCCCUACUAAACAUAUUUAACUGUUAGCCUUGCAAACCCAAAACGGAUGAAAAAGUCGCCCCCCUACAGAGUGGGGUUUUCUGGGUUUUUGCAGCAAGCCUCAAAUGGACACUAAAUAGAGAUGGGAUUUAUGGUACUUUGAGGGAGCUGGAUCUUGAGGGGCUGUUCCUUUAAAGAGCUGUUCAGAAGACUGGCUUAUUAUUAUUUUUGUUUAUUUUUAGAAGUCAACUUGGGGUCAUUUUCAUCGCGGAAAUCACUGGUAUUAAUUAUAAGAUACGAUAUUGAUCAGAAUAAAUCAGACUUACACAUCCCAACAAUAUAUACUCUAUUAGUGGGAAUUAUUCCGAAAUAUUGAUUUUAAUUUUAUUUGGUUUGAUAAUUUCAUUGUAAACAUUCCAUAAAGUGGUGCUGUAUCUCCAUGCUCUGUGAGAUCAGUAUUUUAUAUUUUUCCCCCACCAGUAAAAACUAUGCAGACUAUAGAUAACUUCCAUGAAAACAACUUUACUGUAAAAUUUUUCAGUCAAGAACAUUUUAAGAAUACAGGAAAACAUAAAGAAAUAAUAAAUGAGAAAUAAAUAUGUGUAUUAAAAUGUGAAUGCAAAACUGAACUACCCUAUCCUGGUGUUAAGAGCACACAAGUGACACGUGAAGGCAGCGUGGGAAAUUUGCAUAUUAGAACGGCUCACAACUGUGAACUGGUUCUCACCAAUCAGUAAAAGAGUGGUUGAAAUAACUAACUCGUUCGUGAAUGUCACAUCUCUCACACUGAAGUUACAGCAGUUUGGUGCAGUAAGUUUCAUUUUUCCAGAUGUCUGCUUGCAUGAAGCCCAGACCUUCAUCAAACAGAUGAAACGUGAAGUCAUACUAAGAGAAGAAGCAUCGCUGCUUCAUAUUAAAAGAACAUUUACUGAAUAUUUCUUGAAUACCGUGAUAAAUUUAGACUUUUGUGAUGCAUUUAUUACAAAUGCUGAUGAUGUUUGAUGCUUAAAUUGUGGUUACUUAGGCGGUGUUUAUUGGUGUUUGUUUGUUAUUUCCAUGUAAACACGGACACAUUCUGCUUGAUUACAUUCAUAUGGUUUGAAGUGACUAAAAGAGCUGAAACUCAACUUUUAGGGAAGGGUUUUCUCUUAUUGCGUGCCUGGUAUCUUUCCACUCUACUCAUCAGUUCAUCAUACAGAGUUGCAUUUGCCUUGUUCGCCUGAGUGCCAAUUUAGAUUUCAAAAGUUAAUCUCUCAUAAGACUUUUCUAUUUAAGUCAUGCCAAGCCAGCAGCUUUGUACACGCUCGGUUGUAACUUUAGCACUUCCUCAUUUAUUCUCUGUUGGCUCGCUGCGGCUCCAUGCACAGCUGUGUGAUGUAAUUUAACAUAAACAGUGACAGUUACCAGGUCUUGGUUGUAAUUAAACGUAUGCACAUCUGAUAUGAGUGUGAACAGACAGGCUCUGUAUACUUCUGGUGUUAGUUUUAGCUGUCAACAGGCUCUACCGGUCUACAUCAGGAAGCUUCACACUCAAAAAGAAAAUGAAGGUCCAGAUGUGAAAAAAAACAACUCAACAUCUGAUUUACUUAUGCAGCACAACUAGUGUGACUGUGCACCUGUCGUCAUUGAGCAAACUUUGGAGCGCCCCUCUAUCGCUGUAAACUUGUCCCAUCAUGCCUCAGGUUGAGUCAAAUAGACCUUACUUUGUUUUUACCGUGUUUCUGAAGAAAACUUACUUUUCUUAAACAUGCCGGCAGUUGUGCUAGAGGCGAGGAAUGACAACUAUUCGAUGUGUAGAUGAGUUAUUUUACCCUCAGAGCUCGACUUGUUCGCACUCCAUGUGAGCGUAAACCUUUCUGCCUCUAAUGGACGUUUUAUUGACACUUGUGUUUUUCACCAGCCGGAGCUUAUAAAUGUCAGUCAUGUUAGCGUAGAAGGUGAAGUUUACUGAGGCGCUGCUUGCGUAAUCAGCGGCGGAGUAGGUUCAAAUCCUCGUUAGCAUAAUGCUGGAUCUGAGCCCAGCCCCACGGCCUCCAGGGCUUGACCUCAGUAGUUAUAUACUGUUUGCUUUGUGAUGCUGGAAAAACAGAGGAGGAGGCCUGACUGAGCAUCAAACAUGUUUUGUAUUGAAGUCAGGCGCUCAAACGGGUUCUUGGCUUUGACUCCAGAUCCAGGGGCUUAAACAAGAUCAUGUGUGUCAGGAGCGCUGCUUUAACCAGACACAUUUGCUGUUGAGCUCCAAAAUAUACUCACUCAUGUUCUGGCUUACAAAAUCUCCCUCCCGUGCCAGCAUUUCUUGGAAGUACCUUUUGGGGUACCACAUGCUGUCCUGAAACGGUUUUGGCUUGUUGUUCCCGCUUACUCCGAUCCGAUAAGCACAUUUGCAGAUGAGGAGUAGAAGUCCAAAAUAUUAUGACUUAAUAAAAUUAUUUUACCAAAGAAGAAAAACUAGUUUAUACUCUUAAUCCUGUUCCUUGUCAUAUAAAACUCAAUCUAAAACACAUUGGGGAGUGUGAUUGUGUAGUUGUUUUCCAGUCUCUAUAGUUACAGACCCAUCAUUGGCCUGUCCCAGUAAUAGCGGGUGUCUUUUUUUUUUUUUUUCUUAAGUCUUUCCUCAUUUUUUACUUAGUAGUGUCAGUCCAGCUCAUUGUUUCUCCAGUGAAGUCAGUAAGAAGAGAAACCUCAAGAGAAACCCACUGCUUAAAUGGAAGUGGAGUCAUCCAGAGACAUGAGGAUAAAAACCACAACAGUUUAACUGUCAGGCUGAGUAUUACACAGACGGAUGCUAACCUGUAACUCUCUGAAUGAUUCGGGAACAUUUUGUUAGUUUGAGUUAUCAUAAUAUCUUUGGCGUUGGGAGUUUUGGUCUGUCUUUUAAAACACUAUGAUUAAAUCAAACUGCAUUCUUGGAGCAGACAAUGGGCGUUUUUCACUUUUCAUAUUAGGUUUUGGCUGAGAUUUUCUCCCCUAAUGUAAUUUCAUCCACCAAACUUCAACUUUGGUCUGGUUCUCCUCAAACUCCCUGGUACAUCUGCCUCCGGACAAAAUUUAAAAUCUCUCGUGUGUUUCCAGCUGCGUUAACAACGUCUUCACAUAGGCACUCAUUUUUAAUGUUUCCCAUCUGGCUCAUCUUUGGUUUGUCUUUCCAUCUGUCAUUAACUGAAUCAUACAAACCAAAGUCCCCCAGAACUGAUGGUGAGGUCUUUAUUGGUCAUUUUGCCAUAUUUACUCGCAGUGAGCUCUCUCACAUACAGUAGACCAAGAAAUACGUGGAUUAGUUUAUAAAAACUAAUGACUGUUGUACAAAGUGCGAAUAAAAAGUAGAUUUAUAUGGAAGCUUCUGUGAGGAUUUGUUGGCUGAUUGUUAGGGCUGGGACGAUUUGCUUUUCUCCCGAUCCGAUUGUUCUACGAUUUUUUGGAUGCCGAUUCGAUUUAAAUUGCGAUUGUACGAUAUUGCCGAUUUUCUUGAUUUUUAGUCUGCAUUUUUACCGCUGGUGAAACAGUUGAAUGAUUAUGAUUGUCUGCUGACUAUUCCAGGAACCAUAUUUCCCCAAAAAAUAAACAUCACAUGUAAGUCAGUUUUUAAGAUUUAGUCCUAAAUUCGAAAAAAAAUAGAUUUUUGAACAUAAAAAUCGAUUUAAAAUUAUAAAACAAAAAAUUGCGAUACUUAUGUGAAUGGAUUUUUUUUUCUCCCACCCCUACUGAUUAUGAAACAGACUGAAAUAGAUAUUGGUUUCUUUUAUUAACCUCAGAAGAGCUAAUAAGACCACCAACAAUACGAGUGACUAUUUCUAUAAUGUCUAAUGUUGCUGACUGAGGGAAGGUGUUCUUUUUUUAAGUCAAGAAGCAACCAUUGCACAUGUCCAGGACAAAAUCAAUCCUUUCAUUUUAAGGAAACAUAAGGAUCACUUUCUCUGAUUUUCUGUGCUUGUGUGUUGUUUUCUUUAAACCCGACGACAAACUAGGAACGUCUGAAAUCACAUUGAAAAACUAGAAUCAAAAAUGUCUGCAGGCUUAUUUUGGGUAGUGGCUGAAAGAGGCCGUCUGUCGCACUGGUACGGGAUGGAGGAGCUUGUUUUUGACUGUGCUGUCUGAAGCCACUGGUGAAGAAAUCAGGGUGUAGCCCAGAGAGUCCAUCAGGGUCUGAACUUUAUAGAGUGAGAGAUUCCUUUGGGCACAGGCCUAAUGAAAACUCAAGUUAGAGAGGAAAACUAUAGGAGGCCCCGUGUGACGCCUAUCCUAAAUUAAACACACAUUUAGUGACGGGGUGAAGUCGAGGUUGAUGUUUUUUUAUUACUUCAUAGCGUUUGGUUAUGUAACUAAUGUUGGGGUAGGGGGGGUGGGGGGUCAUGUAACAUGGUCUAUAAGGGAGAAAAAGAAUUUAAUUAGUGAGUACUGACAGAAGAAGUGAGACCUUGUUUUUUUCAUGGAUCCCUUAAGGUGACGGGUGUGUUUUCGUCUGUGAAAUCUGAUGGACAAAGUGUAUAUCUUAGUCGACACACUUAUCUUUUGUUCAUUGUGGACAUGUUUGCAUGUAGCUCAUGUACGAUGCUGUCAUAUCUGACAGAUCAAAGGAGAUGCAGUAAGACGGGGGAUGUGAGUGACAGUGUUUCAUAGCAGCAGAGGUAUGGGGAACAUUCCUUCCCCAGUCCAACCCGUUGAUAACGAUCUGCUGAGAGCUUCCGUCGGCCUCACACACAUAAAGUGGAGAGUGUUGAGCAAAGGAACAUUGUGUCCUCAAGGGGAGCCUAUGGCCAACCUGGUGUCUGCCUCCAGGUAUCUACCCACCACUCAGGUAGACAUUGGUCCAGUAAAAAGUCAAGGUGGCGCUCUCCUAUCUCCUUUUUAGACGGUGAUAACCUUCAUAUUCGCUCCUAGACCAGCACAGAUAUUUCAGGCCAGUAAGUUAGUCCAGAAAAGAAAAAAAAAAUCGAAAUGAUUGUUUUUAGGUUUGAUAUUUCUAUGUAAUGAAUAUAUUUUGAUUUUAGUUUACAGUUUUAUAAAAGAUGCACAGGGUCAGACAUUUAUCUUUUAAAAGCUUAUCAGUGGCCUCUGGUGGACAAACUUUUUAAUGGUGCCACUGCUUCUAAUGAUGUGUGUCUAAGACAUGGUACAGCUGGACUCUACUGUUCUAUAGUAACUCAUGGAUACAUAAAUAGGAUAUAACCACCCCUCACUGUACAGGACUUUAAGAGGGAACUUUUUUUGUAAUUGAGUCAAAAAGUUAAGUUAGCAAUCCAACAUUAAAUGAUUGGUUUUUGUUCUUCAGUCCCUGUUUCCUUUAGUCUUAGUGCAAACUAGGGCUGGGCGAUAUAGGAAAAAGUUUAUCACGAUAUAUUUUCUUCAUGUGAGUCGAUGUCAAUAUAUUUCGCAAUAUAAAAAAUGAAAUUUAACAGUGCUUGUUGGUAGCAUGUCUUUCGCAAUACAAUAAGCUACUGCAUCUGUGAGGUCUUUGUGUCGCUUCGACGUUUUGUCGUGUGGCGUUGCACUGUUAAAGUGCUAUGGUUGCAUGUAGCUGCAGCCUGCUACUACGCAGUUGUUUGCUACUUGGUGAUAAUUCAGCACAUGAUUGGUUCAGCGUGAAGCAAACCCAGAAAAAACUCCCCUUUUCAUUGGCUAUUCGUUAGGGGUGGGAGAAAAAAUCGAUUCACAUAAGUAUUGUGAUUUUUUUUGUUUUACAAUUUUUAAAUCGAUUUUUAUGUCCAAAAAUAGAUUUUUUUUUUUUUAAAUUUAAGAAUAAAUCUUAAAAACUGACUUACAUGUUAUGUUUAUUUUUUGGGGAAAUAUGGUUCCUGAAAUAGUCAGUAGACAGCCAUAAUCAUUUAACUGUUUCACUGGUGUUGAAAAUUCAGACUAAAUAUCAAGUAAAUCGACAAUAUCCUACAAUCCCAAUUUAAAUCAAAUUGACAUCCAAAAAAAACGUAGAAGAAUUGAAUCGGGAGAAAAGCAUAUUGUCCCAGCCCUACUAUUUGUAUAGUCUACCGAGAAAUGGCAGAAUGCCGACUAUUGUAAAGCAUAUUGGCUAUGUUUUAUAUUGAUAUUGACGGAAAUUAAUUUUCGAUAUAAAUCAUUAUCAUGUUAUCGCCCAGCCCUGGUGCAAACUAUAAAAGGACUAAACAUAGACUCUCGUUUGAGGCACUUUUAUUUAUAGAGUUGACAUUUGUCUGAAGCUUUGUGCUUUUUUGCAUAAAGAAAUGAGGCUUCAACUCAUCCAAUAACUUCUUUUUGUAUCGCUGCAGUUUCUUUUUCAUAGAUACUGUGAAUUUAUUAAACAUCUGUUUACCAUCUAGUUCUGAGUGGAUCAGUACUCAGUGAGCGUAUGGGACGUGGACCCCCAUACACGUCCCUGUCUGCUCACAGUACAGUUCUUAGUGUUACCUCAGGUUAGACCGCGGAGCGGGCGGCACACAACUGUCUCUCCGCCUCCUCCUGUCAGUUCCUCUGACUUCCUCCGCCCGCCCUCCGGUUCAUGUUUCAUUAUUCCAAAUGUGGUCACAGUAACCGGACUGAACCACCCGCGGUCCGCACCGGUGGCCUCUUUUCCCACCGAUGUAGCUCCAGCAGCGGUCAGCGCCAUGCCGUGCACGUUUUCCUACAAACCGCCGUGCUGCCCCGGGGGCCCGACCCGGCGCGAUGCGACCUGCGAGCCGCUGCUGUUCUGCUGCCGGAGCCGCCGCAGGUAACGGGAGGCGGCAGCUGCCUGCCCCGCAGAGGACCGCGUGUCCAACGGGAGCGUUAAAAUAACGCGAAUGAAUUAAUAUUGAGCUGAGUGAUUCGAGAGAAAUGAUGUGAUUACAAUGCAAGAGUGUUUUACCCUCACGCUUAAAGUGACCUUGAUACUUUAGUUUUGGGUUUGCCUGCUAUCUUUUGAUGAUUGUCUCAGUGUUUCUGAAUGCAAACUUGAAUUCUGAACAGUGGUGUUGAUUGUUGCACAUUUGUUCUGAUGAACUUGUGAUGUAUGUCUAAAAGUAUGCCCUGAUUACUCAGCAGCACUCAUAACUCCUGUUGCUGUGGCUGCCAAGCACAGCUGCAACAUAACUCAUCUGUGUUGGAUAUAAAGGGGUCUGAAAUUAGGUCAAGCUAUACCAUGGUAUGUGUCAGAAGAUGAUGAAGGUUGAAAUCCUCAGCUUUUCUUUUACCCACUCUUAGUGCUGUUGUGGUCUGAACAUUUCAUUGAUGCACUUAAUGCUGCACAUUCUUGCACUAACGCUGUCCUGCUGUGUUUUCUGCACUUUUCCCUCUUUCUCCUGCUCACUCACUGACCUGACCUAGAUAGGUGUUAUAGUAGUGUUCAUGGUAUGACCAGGAGUGACGACAUGUUAUUCUAUACGAUCUCUCCCUGAUUCACCCGCUGAACUGAGAGCAGCUGGUUUAAUUAUUUGAGCACAACUGUGCUGUCUGGUUUUUCUCUGCUUUUGUGCUGUUUAACUGACUGUGUUUCCAAUAAAGACUCUCAUCACUGUGGAAAACAUUGUUGUCUGUCCAGUGUUCCUUUGUCUUCUGUAUUUUAAAGGGGGAGGAAAGAAAGUGGGCUAAGAUAAAUGACUCCUCUUGUGAGGUUUGGAUCCUGAAAUCCAGAGGACGAAUUCUAACAUCUGUGUUUUCUGUUUCACAGAGCCUCGGGAACUAAUGUUGCUGCCAUUGAUAAUAAAAUCGAACAGGCAAUGGUGAGUGAUAUUCCACACACUAUGGUUGAAUGUUUGAUGCUUUAAGUAUGAAGGAUGUAUCUAGUUGCAUGGAAAGAUAAUGACUUCAGGGACCAGAUGUUAUAUCCAUUAACCUAUUUGUGUUAUACAUAAUUCAAGUCAAGGGGGUUGACUUUCUUCCUUACUCUUAUUUAGUUACUUUUUAAAAUACAGUCAUUACACUGUGCUUAUUUUCUAGUCUUUCAACAUACAGUGUCUUUAUUUUUGCUUACAGUCAUAUCCACACAGCUAAAAUAACUGAAUAAAUGAAGCUCUAGCACUGAUCUUUACUCCAUUAUCCUUCAUUGAACAUGAAUCAUAUUAGAGAUCGGUCACUCUGAUGCUUUUAGUCAGAUUAGAUUCUGUCGCCCCAGAGCAGCGUUUAAUGUCAUCUGUCUUUGUCCUGCAGGACCUGGUGAAAAGCCAUCUGAUGUAUGCAGUGCGCGAGGAGGUGGAGGUGUUAAAGGAGCAGAUCAAGGAGCUGUACGAGAGGAACUCUGUGCUGGAGCGGGAGAACGCCGUGUUGAAAUCUCUGGCCAACAGUGAGCAGCUGUCUCAGCUGUCCACCCAGCCGGCUCCCAGCUCCAGCACCACGCCUCCCCAGCAAGGACUCAGCCACCCUCCACCACAGGCCCAGCCUCCGCUUCAAACCCAGCCCCCGUCUCAGCCUCAGCCUCAGCCUCAGUCUCAGCAGUCCCACCCCCAGCUCCAGCACCACCCCAAACCCCAGCAGCUCCAGACUCAGCCCCAGCUCGAUCCCAGCCAACAGCAACAACUGCAACCCAAUGUCACCUCCGCUUGAAGUGCAUCUGCCCUGCUUCUCCGAGGGCAUAAAAAAGAAGAGCAUCUUCUCUGCAACCUAUUACAAAUUAGUGUAUGUGAAAAUAAAAAGAAGAAAAAAAAAAACUGUCUUCUUAGCCACCAGCUUGACCACAAAGUACAGCUUGUAUGUAUGUGUGCGUGUGUGUGUGUGAGGGAGAGUGUGUGUGUGUAGGAUAGGAAAGCUGGUAUGACUGUAAAAAUGUAAGUGUGUAUGCAUCUGUACUGUGGGCCUUUCCAGUGUUAAUGCAAUCAUCAGAGAGCGAGUGAGAAAGACUUGGAGGUGGGAAUCUGGAGACUGAAGUGUGUCAGAGGAGGGUCAGAGGGUUUUUCAUCUUGGCUGUUAUCCCAGAACGGCUGACUGCUGGGUCCAAGCGUGUGGAUGGGAUGUCUCAUCUUGGACCCAGGCCAGGAUGCUGACCUUAGACCCGCUCAUACUGAGGUUGUGGAAAGGGAGUGGUUUGCCUGACAUAAGGGACAAAUGGGAGUGAUUGUCAAAACAGAGAGUGAUUAUUUUUUUAAUGUGAGAUAAAUGAGGGGGUGAAGGGGUAUUUUUAGCCUUGCUGUUUAUGUUGUAUAGAAAGACAUGGGAGAGAGAGUGAGUCUGCCCCCCCCCCCUUUUUUUCUUUUUUUGCCGUUACUUUUUACAUCAAGUCCAACCCCUGCAUCAGUCUUUUUGAGUUCUACUGUUAAGUGUUUUAUUUAUUAUGGGGCUGCUAUUUUCACACAUGAACAAUUUCAUGACACCUGUUUAACAGAAGCCCAGUGACUCGUUUCCUGAUUUCUUUUACAGUAUUUCAACAUUUUGGCUAUACUUCUUCUCAGAGGCAACACUUUGGACUUAAUUAGUAAAAAGUAGGCAAAUAUAAAGUAAAUUCUGACAAAUGUUUAACACUAACUCAAAUUCUGCUCUCAAAUUGCUAAUGCGUAGUUAAAGUUCCAGUUAUGAAUGUACAUUUUUGUAUAAGUAUUAAGAGCCUUGAUGGUUGAAUCCAUCUGUUGACAUCAAAUCAAAAUGUGUGCCUGCAGAUGGCAUCUGGUGAAGAAUCAACUUGAUGAUUGAAAAGUGAAUUAGUGUUGCCAUACCCCCCUCCUUCUUAUCUUUUUUUUUCUUCCAUUGUUUUCCCAAUGGGGUCAGGAGGGGAAAGCUGUGAAAUUGUUCAACCUACUUUGUAACCAAAGAUGCAAAGCUGUGUAAAUUGAUUUUUAAAUGCACACUCAUGUAUUUUUUUUUCUUUUUUUUUUUCGUUUUGUUACUUCCUCCUUCACAAAAUAUUUUGUUGCUGUUCAGCAUGUUUUGCAUGAUCUGUAAUCUUCAAACCACUUUCUUACCUCAUUUUUAUUCAGCACUCUUAUGUAAGAUAGUCUGUGAACAGUGUAAAUGGGUGAGGGGGGGACAAUGCAGAGCAAAGUGGGCAGAGAGAAAAAUAACCUAGUGUUACUGACACUAGUCACAGAAAAAUGAAGUGAGCCAUGUUUUGUUCAUUUAAAUGGUGUUUGAAUUUCAUAUGCCAAUAGUUUUGUUACAUUGCAAAUUUUAAUGUAUUUAAAUAAAAGCAAUAUUCAGAUUCCAAA